GUACACUCCUUACCAAACACACACACAUACUCAGACUGUAGGAGUGAACAGGUGGGCUCUUUCUCUCUCACACACACACUCUCUCAGUACAGCAGCGUUACCUAUGGGCGCGUGAUGAGGACCCGAGCGCGCGCUGGAGGACGGUGUCUCUCGGUGUGGACAUGUCUUCUCCCCGGAUCAGGCUCCUAAAGCUCCAUGAGCCGGCUGUAGUCUAACUCCGCGCGCUCUCUGUCUCUCUCUGUCUGUCUGUGUGUGUGCUGUUGUUCUGCGCGUGAAGAAGAUGAAAGUGACGGUGUGUUUCGGUCGGACCCGGGUGGUCGUGCCGUGUGGAGACGGUAACAUUAAAGUCCGGAGCCUUAUCCAGCAGGCCAUCAUGAGGUACAGGAAAGCCAUAGCAAAGGACUCUGCGUAUUGGAUCCAGGUCCACCGGUUGGAGCUCGGUGACGGAGGCAUCCUGGACUUGGAUGAUGUGUUAAGUUAUGUUGCUGAUGAUAAAGACAGGCUGGUGGCGGUGUAUGAUGAGCAGGACCCUCAUCAUGGAGGAGACGGAACGAGCGCGAGCUCUACGGGCAGCCAGAGUCCGGACGUGUUCAGCAGAGGAGAGAUCAGCUCUGGCACACCAUCUGCCUUCCAGCCAUACCAGAACAGCAGCGAGAUCGAGGUCACGCCAAUGGCCCUCCGCGCCAACAUGCAUCUGCAAGUGAGGCGCAGUAGUGAUCCGGCUCUUGUGGUUCUGCCAGAGACCCCACUCCAACCAGAAGAGCCGUCCAGGAAGAACCCGACACGCUGGUCCACCACGGCUGGUUUCCUCAAACCUAAUGUCUCUAGCGGAACCAACAGCUUGGAGAGAAAGGUUAAGGGACCGGCAGGGUAUCGCAGUCUUCCCCGUGACACAACAGCUUGGGCCAACCAGUUUCACAGAGAGGGUGCUCGCUCAUCCCUCAGUGCCAACCAUCCCAUGGUGGACCGCUGGCUAGAGCGCCAAGAGCAGGACGAAGAGGAGGAAGAGAGGGGCAGAGACGAAGGCAAGAACGGACGGAUAGAGCCGGUGGGCCGGGCGGACUCCAUUUCUCUGGAUGACCUGCUCCAUCCGGUGGAAGUGUCGAAUGUUGGCGGGCCGCUGGGAAUCCACGUUGUGCCGUUCAGCUCCAGAGACAGAAGGACUCUGGGGCUGCUGGUGAAGAGGCUGGAGAGGGGAGGAAAGGCCGAGCGCGAGGCUCUGUUUCAGGAAAACGACUGCAUCGUGCGCAUUAAUGAUGAAGACCUGCGAAACAUCCGAUUUGAACAAGCACAGGAAUUAUUCAGGCAGGCCAUGCGUUCCCAGUUCAUCCUCUUCCAUGUGGUUCCAGCAGCGAGGAAACUACAGUAUGAGCAGUUCUCUCAGACUGAGCUGAGUGUCCAGCCUGGCCCUGGUCCUGGCCCCGGUCCUGGAAUUCCACCCCCUGGAGGUCCUGGUCUCAGACAGCUCCCGCCGCAUCCCAAAUCUGCUCCCAGUCCUAGCCGACUAACUCCCGAAUCCAAACCAGGCGAGCGGGGCAGCGUGGUGGUCGGGGGCAUCGAUUACAGUCCUAAAAGAAUGUCCAAGAGCGGACCUCAUUCUAACAUCAAUCACCAGAACGUGUCUUCCCAAGUGGAACCUUAUCCCGGAUCAACGUCCAUCAUCAGCCCAGCCAACAAGAGCACGACCCCCACAGGCUUCACCAAGAAGAUCGGCCGCAAGUUCAACGUCCAGCUCAGAAAAGGUCCGGAGGGACUCGGCUUCAGCAUCACGUCACGCGACGUCCCCAUAGGCGACUCCGCCCCGAUCUACGUCAAGAACAUCCUUCCCCGUGGAGCCGCCAUUCAAGACGGCCGCCUGAAAGCCGGCGACCGUCUGCUGGAGGUGAACGGCGUGGAUCUGAACGGGAAGUCUCAGGAAGAGGUGGUGUCUCUCCUCCGCUCCACUCCAAUGGGAGGCACUGUUAGCCUUCUGGUCGUCCGACAGGAGGAUGCCUUCCUGCCUCGUGAAGUGAAAACGGAGGACGAUGACUUGGUGCUUACUCCCGAUGGAACGCGAGAGUUCCUGACCUUCGAGAUUCCUUUGAACGAUUCGGGUUCGGCCGGGUUAGGGGUCAGCGUGAAGGGCAACCGCUCGAAAGAGAACCACGCUGACCUGGGCAUCUUUGUUAAGUCCAUCAUCAACGGAGGAGCUGCUUGCAAGGAUGGCCGCUUGAGGGUGAACGACCAGUUGAUUGCCGUGAACGCAGAAUCCCUGCUGGCGAAGACCAACCAGGAGGCAAUGGAGACUCUACGCACGUCCAUGUCAAUUGAGAGCAACAAACGAGGCAUGAUCCAACUCAUCGUGGCCAGGAUGGUGAGCGGCAGGAAUGAGGAUGGGGCAAGAAGUCCAUCGGCGUCAGAGGUGUCGCUAAGUCGCUCUCAUGAGGACCAGGAGCGACGAAUCUCUCACUCUCUCUACCCUGGAGGUGUCGAGGGCCUGGACGACUCGGUCAAUACUCGUUCUAUCAUGGGGAGGAUGAUCGGUAACUACCAGCUCUCUCCUACUGUGAACAUGCCACAGGAUGACACCGUCAUCAUUGAAGACGAUAGGCCGCCCGUUCUUCCUCCUCUCCUGUCUGACCAAUCGUCUUCCAGCUCCCACGAUGACAUGGGCUUCGUGAUCGAGCCGCCUGCCUCCUGGGGCAAAGAUGCUCCCAAUCAAGAUGAGAGCUCGCUGAGUCCCGACACAGACCCCGACGGUGCGUUUCAGAGGGAGGGCUUCGGCAGGCAGAGCAUGUCGGAGAAACGGACCAAACAGUACGGAGACGCCGCUCAGCUAGAAAUCAUCAAGACGCGCAAAUCUAAGAGCAUGGAUUUAGUAGCUGACGAGAUUAACCUCACACCCCGCCCAAACAGGACAGAAGGUAACUCCACAAGAGAUGUAGGGCCCAAUCUGGGCCUGAAGAAGUCCAGCUCCCUGGAGAGCCUUCAGACGGCCGUAGCAGAGGUGACGCUCAACGGGGACGUCCCCUUCCACAGGCCUCGUCCCAGAAUCAUCCGCGGGCGAGGUUGCAACGAGAGCUUCCGCGCGGCUAUCGACAAAUCCUACGACAGACCCGGGGUGAAUGUGGUGGCCGACGAAGAGGAGGACGAAGGCAUGGAGACGCUGGAGGAGGACACAGAGGAAAGCUCGCGCUCCGGCCGUGACUCCGUCUCCACAGCCAAUGACUCCACAGUGGCCUUUCCGGCUGGAGCGGCUUACCUGGACGGCCAGAUGAACGGCGGGCGUCCCAAAGACGAUCGGAAGAAGGACAAAGCAGGGAAGGAGAAGAAGGAAAAGAGCAAAGCCAAGAAGAGCGUACUGAAGGGGCUUGGUGACAUGUUCAGGUUUGGCAAACACCGCAAAGAUGAGAGACCCGGGGACAAGAUAGAGCGCAGAGGCUCGAGCAAGAACAAAUCGGACGACAUGCAGGCCACAGAGGAGGAGAUGCAGAGGAUGCGUUUGGAGAGAGAGAGGAUCCAGGCCAAGACCAGGGAGCUGCGGGAGCGACAGGCCAGGGAGAGAGACUACGCCGAAAUACAAGACGUGACCCGAGCUUUCAGCUCUGAUGAGGAACACCCCUAUGCAGGCAUCGGGUCGCUCGACUCAUCCAUGGACAGCAGCCAGAGCCUGAACCAGGAUCACAGGCCUCACAGUCCGAGAGAUCAUGGUCUAGAAAGUCUCUACGCCCAAGUCAACAAGCCACGCAAUGGAGGACCACUAUCUUCAGACAGCAACAGACUGGCGCCUAGCAACCACGACCGGAUACAGCGGCUGAGGCAGGAGUUCCAACAAGCCAAGCAUGAGGAGGAGCCUGAUGACCGACGCCGCACUUACAGCCUCCAGCAGCAGCCAUGGCCAAGUGCCGGGGGUUACACUCAGACAGGCCGGCAUUCGGUUUCAGUAGACGUCCAGAUGCAGAAACAGAAACAAGAUGACCGAGAUGCCUUUACACAAUCACAGAGACAAUACAACUCUUUACCACGGCAACCACGCAAAAACCCCAGCACUGUGUCGCAGGACUCAUGGGAUAAGGUGUACCCACCUGGUGAGGCGUUCCAAUCAGCUAAAGAGAAUCCGCGCUACUCAAGCUAUCAGGGCAGCCGUGGUGCUAAUGGCUAUCUGAGUGGUCCGGCGUUGGGCUUCAACGCACGUGUCCUGCUGGAGACACAGGAGCUGCUCAGACAAGAGCAAAGGCGCAAAGAUCAGGAAGCACAGGCCAAGCUCAAUCCACAAAACAACCCAACACUGGCCCUGUCCGCAAACCCCAAAGGGCCCUACAGGCAGGACGUGCCACCCUCGCCUUCCCAGCUCGCUCGCCUUAACCGACUUCAAAGCCCUGAAAAGGGCCGGGCGUUCUACUCCUGAAGGGAGGAAUAAGAUCAUAGGGGAAGAAUUUUGAACUUUUUCGGAAAACAUAGGGAUAUUGGUUGUUGACUCUCUACUUUUUUUUUUUUCUUUUUUUUUUUUUUUAACAUAUCAUGUACAUCGAUAUUUUUAAUACACAAUUAUGGUCCAGCCAUCCAAUGUCUCCAUGUGGUAUGAGUGUCUAUGUGCAUUUGUGUAAAUGAUUUGAACGUGUGUCCUAGCAUUGACUAGCAUCUUAGCCAGUCCUGACAAUCAGAAAACAGCCAGCAGGUUUCCAGGUUUGCAUUUGUAUUCCUAUAGCGCUGUGACCUACAUUAGUCAUUUCACCUGCCACCAGUUGUGAAUGUUAAACCGAGCAGUGAGGAUAAGCAGUGUGAAUGUGUGUGCUCUGAAUAGGCAAAAAUAUUUUUGAAUAUAUAUUUUUUAUCAGAACAUUGCAAAAAAAUAAAGGUGAGAUACAGUGCAUAUACUGUAUAUAUGGAUGGGUGAAGUUCAAUGAAAACCCAACAUACUGUCUCUAAGGUUUUGUGCCACCACGAGCCACUGGAACAACCUCAACACUCCUUGGUAUCAGUCUCUGUAGGUCUACAGGAGCGACGACCCACUGUUCUUCCUAAUGUUUUUUUUCCUAAGCUGGGGGUUUGGUGAAGUGUGCGGAACGCUGUCUGACAUCACUUGAGAAAUCUUCCAUACUGUAGAUUGCGUUCUGUUGGAUUGAGGUCUAGAGACUUAAGACUUCUGUAUGAAACCAUACUAACAAGCCCUUAUGCCAUCAUUGCCACCAGAUGUUUCUUUUAUUUGUCACCUGUCUUUAUGUUUAUAAGAUUAAAAAAGAGUGAGAGAUUAAGACUAAGCCUCCCACCCUGCCUAUAAAAUCACAAUCAUCUUACCAAUCCAAUGAUUCCAUGAUUCUCCUUUUUUUUAGUCUAUCCAUCACACUUCCUGUCCGGUACUCUGUGCCUGCUCGUAACACUUGAGCUUCUCUUCUACCAUGUGUACUGGUUUCCUGGUACACCAGUCAUGUGAUGGGAGUGUCACUACAAUGCAAUGUAAGAAAUGUGUAGAACUGUCUCCUGCUUUAUACUAUGCGCUUGGUGCUGAAUGACAUAUGUCCAGUCAGUGGUCACACAGGAAGUCUUUGGUUUUGUUUAAAGCGUUAUAAAUCCACUCUACCUGUACCACACUCAGGCCAGUACUCUUACCUUUACAGCCAGAUUAAAGCUUAGUGUUUACUCCACCUGGUAUUUCUUUAUCACUCCAUUAGAUCCACCAUUUGUUAGUUUUUCCCCCUUAUGUGGGAAUACACUUUUGUGUGUUGCCAUUUCCUAUAAUUAAAAAUAAAGUAAUUGACUUCUAGCACUUGCUGACACCUAGUUGUUAAUAAUGCGUUUAAAAUGUAAAGUGGGUGCACCCCUAUUCAUCUUUUGUGAGCAACACUCUAACCAGCUAACUGUAAUAAGGAAUGUACACCAAUCACCAUAACAUAGCCAGCAAAAUCAUCUACAAUAGAGGCCAGACCUUGCAACUUACAGGACUUGCUUCAGAACCAGAGUUGUUCUGGCAGAAAUCUACUCAAUAUUCCAUGGGUUGAUCCCCCUUUUGCCGCCAGAACAACUCUGACCCAUCAAGACAUGGAGUCCACUAGACCUCGGAAGUUGUGCCAUGGUAUUUGGCACCAAGCUGUCAUGAGCAAAUCCUUUAUGUCCAGCAAGUUGCAAGAUGUUGCCUCCGUUGUAGAUGAUUUUAUCUGCUACACAGCCCCAAAUGCAAGAAACUUAGAUACACCAUGUGCUUUGCCAACUUCCUAUCUAAACCAGCGUUAACUUUUUCAGCAGUUUGAGCUACAGUGGCUGUUCUGUUGGAUCGAACAACAUGGGCCAGUCGUCAUGCAUCAGUGAGCCUUGGCUGUCCAUGACCCGGCCACUGGUUCACUGGUUUUCCCUUCUUGAACCACCUUGGGUAGGUCCUGACCCCCGCAGACUGGAAUCACUCUCCACGAGCUGCAGUUUUAGAUUUGUUCUGACCCAGUCAUCUAGCCGUCACAAUCUGGCCCUUGUCAAAGUCACUCAAAUCCUUAAACUUGCUCAUUUUUUUCUGCUUCCAACACGUCAACUUCUGGGGCAAAAUAUUCCCUUACUGCCUAACAUAUCCCACUUCCAGGUGGCAUUGUUAAUGAGAGAAUCAAUGUUAUUUACUUAAUAUGUUAUGGUUGAUCAGUUUAUAGGUACCUUCUGAAAACAGUACACUGUAUGUAUAAUCAAAAAGUUGAAAGGUCUAGAAGUAUAUACUGUACUUGUAUAUACCAUGAAACUCAUUUGCAUUAAUGAAGUGCUACCUUAAACAAAGUGGUGCUUUAUUAAUGUAAAUGAGUUUGUAGGUAUAUACAAGUGUUUAUGCUGUGAGACCCUGAGUUUUUUAUAUACUGUCUAGGAAUUCUGUUAUUUCUAACCGAAGGAUAAUUUCAACCGAAUGCACCGAUAAAUAAUAUCUAGUAGGAAUGCAUGUACAAAUUCAUCAAACACUAAACACAUUAAAUUCACUUUACUCAAACUGUUUCAGGAAGUCCAAGACAGCAUUUUUAGCCGCAUUUGACAAUCAAGCCCUGUUAAUUCCAUGACAUCAGCACUUCUGUGAUCCAUGACUGGUAAAGGGGAUUUUUUUAAAUAUAUAUUGCAGAGUGAGAAUGAGUGACGGCACAGGAAGCAGGUGAAACACACCAGUAUUAUAGAGUAUCAUAUCUGAUAAAGCAAUCAAUGCCACAUUUGACUGUACGAGGUUAAACUCUCAUCCAUUUUAGAUUCAAGUAGUGUGAUGUAUAUCAUGGCUCGUAAAAACAUCACACAUUGUGAUUAUGAUAUUUAUUUUCCUCCUCUUCUCUCUCUCUCUCUCUCUGUCGUAAAAAAGUGAAAAUAAAAUGUACGAAAUCUUCCCGUUGUUGACUAACUGGUACGUUGCAGUAUGUGUUCGGUUCUGUGAUUCCGAAUGGGUGGGAAAUUAACUUUUCAAAACAGCAGCAGGGUUUUUUUUUUUUUUUUCUUUUUUUUGUUUGUUUUUUGCUGCUUUAUUUCACAUUUUGUAUUUUACGCAUUGAUUCAUGGACAAUGUUUUGGCGACGGUAAUGUUCAAGUGCCUGUUAUAGGAGGGGUAUUUUGUACUACAAAAGAUUUCAUGUCACGGAAAGCACAUAUUUUAGCAAUUCUUCUACUAUUUUUUGUGUAAUAACAUCUUUUCACCACAAAACAUGUUUAGAACUAUGAAUGAAAGAAAAAAAAACAGAGUAACUUUUUUAUUAUUAUUAUUAUUAUUGCAUUGUCUGUAUUCUCCCGAGGUAACACGGUGUCCAUGGUGUAACACGUAAGCACAGUGCAAUUAAGUUUUUUGGCUAGACUUUAUACAUACUGUAUGAAAUUGUACACAGCUUUCUUUGUACAUAUCGAAUUUAGACUAAAUAAAACAGAAGGCUGUUUCUUCCUCUUGUUUACAUUA